AUGCCGAUAGCGCAACUCUCCAUUUUCGGAUGGCUCGUUCUUGGACCAGUCAAUAGGGAAGCAACACGCACAUCAACGCACCAUGCUUCUACUCAAGUCAACGAGGAUGCUCUCAACGAGUUACUGACAAAAUUCUGGGUUCAAGAGGAGGUGCCUACUCACGAUGUCAAUCAACUCACUCCUGACGAGCAGAGGUGCGAAGAGCACUUCAAGGCCACACACUCUCGUGAUUCUUCAGGGAGGUACGUUGUCAGGAUUCCGCUCAAAUCACCAGUAUAUCUUCUGGGUGACUCGUACCACGUCGCCCAUCAGUGCCUCAAGGGAUUACGCAGACGAUUCUCAAGGGAUGUGAACUAUCAACGUCUCUAUCAACAAUUCAUGAUGGAGUACGAGACACUCAACCACAUGACGAAGGCAUCAUCCAUCUCCAGUCGUCGCUCACACUUCUACCUACCACAUCACGGUGUUCUCAAACCUGACAGUACAACAACGAAGCUGCGAGUCGUAUUUAAUGGCUCCAGCGCAUCAACAUCGGGCUACUCUGUUAACGACCUCAUGUAUACUGGAGCGAAAUUGCAACUGAAUAUCUCAGAUGUUCUCCUCUGGAUACGAAGACACCGUCACACUUUCGCUACAGACAUCACCAAGAUGUACAGGCAGAUCAAAAUUCACAAGGAUGACUGGGAGUUGCAACGGAUACUCUGGAUGGACGAUCAACUCAAUGAGGUGCCAUACCAUCUGACAACCGUCACCUACGGGACAAAGGCCGCGCCGUUCUUGGCCGUCAGGACGCUGUUACAACUAGCAGAGGACGAAGGAAAUAAAUAUCCACUGGCUGUGCCAUCCAUCACUCAUGGCAGGUAUGUCGAUGACAUAUUUGGUGGUGCAGAUACGAUUCAACAAUUGCAGGAGGUCGCACAUCAACUAAAGGGCCUCUGCAUGGCGGGCGGCUUCCCACUGGCAAAAUGGCAUGCUACUCAUCUCGACAUACUCAAGACUGUCACCGACAGCGAAGACCAAGGCUUACCAAUCACAUUCGACGAUUGCGCAACCAAGAUACUCGGACUCAAAUGGCGCCCUCAAGAAGACACAUUUGCAUUCUCAACGAGAAGCUCACGCAAGGAAGGCAGGCUCACAAAACGCUUCGUAUUAUCUGAAGUGGCUCAGAUAUUCGAUCCACUUGGCUUUGCAUCACCCGUC